AUGGAAUUGUAAGAUCAAUAAAAGAAGCAAAAAAGAUGGAGUAAAGAAAUCUAAUUAUUAAACCAUUAUGGUAAAAUAUAUAUUCUAAUUUUAAGGAUUAAAAUCUGCUAUACAUUAUUAUUUAGUUGAUUUUGAUGUGAAAUAUUAAGGAAAGACUUAUUAUAUUCAUACUUUUAGUGGAGGUCAAAAUAAUAAAGUAUAUAUCAUAUUAUUAAUUAUAAAGGAAAUAUUAAUCCUACUUCAUGGUUAUGGUGGAUCCAAUCUUCAUUAUUCUAAAGCAUAUGGAAAACUAAUAGAAUAAUUCAAAGUAUAUUCAAUAGAUCUACCUGGAAUGGGAUAUUCAAGCAAAUAAGAUAUAAAAAUGGAUUCUUUUGAAGAAGCAAUGGAAUUUUUUAUGGGAACUAUUUCUCAAUUGAUAAUGGGAUUAUGUCCAAAUUAAUAAGUGACUUUGAUUGGUCAUUCUUUUGGUGGUUUUAUAGCUGCUCAUCUUCUUGUAAGAUUCCCAAAAUUAUUCAAAAGAUUAAUAUUAUUAAGUCCAGCAGGAACUACUUAUUACACAAAAGAAUAAAUUAUGUAAAUAUAUUCAUUAAUGAUAGUCAAAAUUAAAAUUUCUCUUAAGCAUCUUUUCUGAGAAGAAAAUUUAUUGAAUAUGUGAAAGGUUUAUGGGAAGAAGUAAUUGCAAUUCCAUAAUAUUUAAAUAAUCAUUUUUUAGGAAAAUAAUUGAUAAAAGUAUAUUUAAGAAAAAGAAUGCAUUUAAAUGGAAAUGAAUAUGAUCUCUGGAAAUCAUACAUUGAUGAAAUGUUAGAAUUACCUGAAGGAUCAGAAAAAUCAUUAUGUUUAUUUUUUCAUUUUCCAAUAUAUGCUAAAGAUCAUAAUUCGAUUGAAAGUAUUUUAUCAGAGAAUAUGAAUUAAAUUAAAAAUAUUCCAAUUUCUUUUUACUUUGGAGAUUAAGAUUGGAUGGAUCAUUAAGGAGCUAUUAAUUUGAACUUCUAUUAAAAUAUUAACCUUAGAAUCAUAAAUGAUGCUGGACAUCAAUUAAAUUUUGAAAAUCCUCAAGGUGUAGUUUAAGCAAUUAUAUAAGAUAUGUAAUAAUAAUGA